AUGUCUACCAAGGACCUCAACAUGUCUGCCGCUACGAAAAAUGUCCUGGCCAAGGUGCGGCGCAUCAUCCCGCCGAUGCUGGAAUCAUUCCACAAGGGCCAGCUGGGCCGAGUGGCCGUCAUAGGAGGUAGCGAGAACUACACGGUCCUCAACCCUAGGAUAUACAACUUGGCUAACCAAUGCUCCUCACAGUCCCACGUCAUCUGCACACCCGCAGCCGCGACCGUCAUCAAGUCGUACUCGCCGAACCUCAUGGUCCAUCCUCUGAUGCGUCAGAGCCCGGCCCCGAACCCGAACCAAGACCCGGCGACCCGGGACACAUCUAAGGACCCAGACUCUGACCCAGAGCACAUAUCGGCGCAGAUCAUCGACCUGCUCCCGCGGCUGCACGUCCUCGUCGUCGGGCCCGGCCUCGGCCGUGAUCCAUUGAUGCAUGCUACCGUAGCACGCGUCAUCCGCGCGGCGCGCAAUCGAGGUACACCCGUCGUGCUGGACGCCGAUGCUCUGAUGCUGGUGCAGAAGGAUCCGGGCCUGGUGAGAGGUUACGAUGGCGCAGUGUUGACGCCCAACGUCGUCGAGUUUGGCAAGCUGUGUGAGGCGCUCAAGGUCGACGUCAGCGAGGAUGCGAGCGAGACGGCGCGGGUUGAGGCUCUAGCCAAGACGCUCGAGGGCGUAACGGUUAUUCAGAAGGGCGCCAAGGACUACAUCUCCAACGGCGAGACAACCCUUACGGUCGAUCUCCAGGGUGGCAGGAAGAGAAGCGGUGGACAGGGAGAUACCCUGACGGGAUCCAUUGCAACCUUCUUGGGGUGGAGGAAAGCAUAUCUCGACCGUCUUUGGGAUGUAGGCCAGAAUGCUCUCGGCGAGCAUGAACUGGUUGGGCUGGCAGCUUUUGGUGGUGCCGCUAUUACAAGAGAGUGCUCUCGUCUGGCCUUUGCUAAGAAGGGCCGCAGUCUCCAGGCCAGUGACUUGACUGAAGAGGUGCACGUUGCAUUCCUCAACAUCUUUGGGGAAGAAGACGAGGAGGCAGAUUCGUCGAGACUAUAG